UGGUCAUAUAUUCAAUUUCUUCCUUUGGUUGCUUUGCAUCAGCUUGAAUUUAGAACAAUUACUAAUCAUUUCUUUAUCAAGGUCAAAGAAGACUAUAGUUGUGUGAACAGAGAAAAUCCAGAAAUUCCAUAUUCACGACUCCGCUCUGUUGUUUCUUCUUGGCUUAUUCACUUCACCACCAAACCUUCAUAUUUAUAAGCUGAGCUUCAACUUCAUCACCAGCACUAUCCCCAAAUUAGAAAGGAAAUUAAACCUCUGCUGGUAGUGUUCAGUAAUGGGUUUUCUGGAUAUUUGCUUUCUUGUCCUUUUGAUGUUGAAAAUUGCUGCUGCACAACCAUUCACUGACCCUAUUGAAGUGGAUGCACUGAAUAAGAUUAUUGACCAUUGGAAUUUGAGGAGCAAGCUAAAUCUAAGCACGGAUCCCUGUAAUCGAAAUGCUCCUUGGGCACCAGAACAAGCUAAUCCUAGGGUUGCUUGUGAUUGUUCUGCUACUAUCUGCCAUAUUACACAUUUGAAAAUUUAUGCCUUGGAUGUCUCUGGUGAGAUUCCUAAAGAAUUGUUUGUGCUAAAAGAAUUGAUGGACUUGAAUUUGGGUCAAAAUGUUAUCAAUGGGACCAUUCCAGCUGAAAUAAGACAGUUAUCAAAGAUGCAGUACUUGAGCCUUGGCAUUAACAAUCUCUCUGGUCCUGUGCCUCCAGAACUUGGAAGGCUAACCAAUUUAGUCUCCUUAAGUUUUGGUUCAAAUAAUUUCAACGGACCAUUGCCAUCUCAGCUUGGAAACUUAGUCUCCUUACAGCAGCUGUAUAUUGAUAGCAGUGGAGUGAAUGGUCCAAUUCCAAGGGAGCUAUCAAAUUUGAAGUCCCUCGAGAUUUUAUGGGCAUCUGACAAUCGUUUUACUGGAAAGCUUCCUGAAUUCUUUGUGAACUUUAUGAACUUCCAAGUCCUGAGACUAGAGGGAACACUUCUUGAAGGACCAAUUCCAAGCAAUUAUGGUGCCUUAAAUAAACUACAAGAUUUGAGAAUAGGCGAUCUGCAUAAUGAAGAUUCUUCUCUGGAUUUCGUGGAAAACUUAACGAGUCUUUCCAUAUUAUCACUGAGAAAUUGCCGAAUUAUUGGCCAACUGCCAGAGAAACUUAGCUCUUUUGGAAACUUGGAAAUUUUGGACUUGAGCUUCAACAAGUUGACAGGUCAAAUACCAAGAUCGUUUCAAGACUUUGCUUCAUUACGAUUCUUAUAUCUAGGAAGCAACAACUUGAACGGCAAGCUACCUCCCAAUAUCAUGAGUUCCAAUCUCACUGCCUUAGAUGUCUCCUUUAAUUCUCUCUCUGGAGAACUAACAUCAAAAAGAUCAGGUUUAUCAAUGAAUGUUUUUGGGACUUCUAUUAGUGACAGAACUUCAGAUGGAAGCAAGGCUUCUUCAACUUUAUCGUGCCUGCAAGGGAACACCAGGUGCCUCGACAUAGCUAGUUCGUCUUCCUCUUUCAUCAACUCUGGAGGAACAGAAACAGAAUCUGCAGAUGGCACCAAAUACGAUAACGACUCAGAGACAUUAAGUGCAGCCUCGUUUUACAUGAGCCCCAGUAAUCGAUGGGCAGUGAGCAGCUCUGGCAUUUUCAUUUCCAACCCACAUGGACAAAACUAUAUAGCUGAGACAGGUUCUCAGAUCACAAGCACAUUAGACUCCGAGCUUUAUAAAAAUUACGGUGGAAAAUACAAAGUAGAACUUCAUUUUGCUGAGAUACAAAUGGAUGAUUCUCACUCUUGGAAAGGCCUCGGGAGACGGUUAUUUGAUGUUUAUAUACAGUUUAGGGCAGCCCGGUACACUAAGCUCCCGCUAUGUGCGGCGUCCGGGGAAGGGCCGGACCACAAUGGUCUAUUAUACGCAGCCAUACCCUGCAUUUCUAUAAGAGGGCGAAAGUUUCUUGAAGAUUUUAACAUUCAGAAAGAAGCAGGUGGAUCAAAAAGAGCUUUAGUUAAAACAUUUGAGGCAAAUGUGACUAACAGAGUGAUCGAAAUCCAUUUCUUGUGGGCUGGAAAAGGCACUUGUUGCAUUCCUUUUCAAAGCACCUAUGGUCCUUUAGUCUCUGCAAUCCAUGUCAUUCAAGUGGCAAACAAUGGUGGUUCUUCCAAAAGCAAGAAGAAGCGCGUCGGAAUAAUAUUUGGAAUUGUAGCUGGAAGUGCAGCAGGUGUACUGAUAGUUUCUUCAGUUUUCUACCUCUGGUGGGCAAAUAGAAAAGGACCAAUACAUAUGAGAAUUGCAACUGAAUCACCAACAAAAGGAUAGUUUGAAGGUUAGUUCCACAAAUUAUCCCCAGCGUGUAUGGUGGUAUGACCAAAUUACACGACCAUAGUGGAACUUAAUUUUCAUCAUAUGUGCUUAGGCUGUUAAAAAAUUUAUAAGUUUAAGACAUUUGUUGAUAAAUGAUUGGACUGUUUUCCAGUUUUCUUGGGAAUCAAAAUGUACAUAAAUAAAACUACGUAAGUUAUUCAGUUGCUGGUAUAGAGAUAUUCAAUAGCUACCAAGCUAUAUUCCCUUA